GACGCUCGAGCUACACCGGAACCGUUGAGCAGGGGAAAGAAAAAUGGCGAAUCUCGUGGAGGCGACAACCCAACAGCAGUUUGAAGACUUCUUAGCCAAAGCUGGAAAAUGCCUGACCGUGGUACAUUUCCAGGCGGCAUGGGCUCCUCAGUGCGGCCAUAUGAACGAGGUAAUGGCCGAGCUGGCUAAGGAACACAUAAGCACCACGUUUGUCAAGAUGGAGGCGGAAGCGGUGCCGGAGGUGUCGGAGAAGUAUGAAAUCUCCUCUGUCCCCACUUUCCUUUUCUUCAAAGGGGGGGAGAAAGUGGACCGCCUGGACGGGGCCCAUGCCCCAGAGCUGACCAAGAAGGUGCAGCGCUUGGCAGUGACCGGAAGUCCGCGUGGAAAUGCGGAAAGUAGCACCACAGACCUGAACCAGCGGCUAAAGAAGCUAAUCAACGCGGCACCCUGCAUGCUGUUCAUGAAGGGGUCAUCACAGGAGCCCCGCUGCGGCUUCAGUCGGCAGAUAGUGGCCCUGCUGAAGGAGCACAACAUCCAGUUCAGCAGCUUCGACAUCCUGUCCGACGAGGAGGUCCGACAGGAGCUUAAGACCUACUCCAACUGGCCCACCUACCCUCAGCUGUAUGUUAAUGGAGAGCUGGUGGGAGGACUGGACAUAGUGAAGGAGCUGGCAGAGUCUGGAGAGCUAGAGAACACCUGCCCCAAGGCUGUCACCUUGGAGCACCGGCUGAAGACCGUCAUCAACCAGGGCCCAGUCAUGCUGUUCAUGAAGGGCAACAAGGAGGCUGCAAGAUGCGGCUUCAGCAAGCAGAUACUGGAGAUUUUGAAUGGCACUGGGGUGGAUUAUGACACCUUUGAUAUUCUGCAGGAUGAAGAGGUGCGUCAGGCUCUGAAGACUUAUUCUAACUGGCCAACCUACCCCCAGCUCUACGUGAAGGGAGAGCUCAUCGGAGGGUUGGACAUAGUCAAGGAGCUGAAGGAGAGCGGAGACCUGGUGUCAGUGCUGAAGGGGGAGUCCUGAAGGGGGAGUCGUAGGUGGAUUUGCCAUGUCAUCAGAGACAGGAAACAAGAAGCUGUCACAUAUGCCUAGAUCUGCCCUCUGUCUCUGAUGCAAAACUACAGGAGUGCCAGGAAAGUGAGAGAAACCAUUUGUGAAGAGAAAUUAGAGUUAAUAAUCAAAUUACACUCUUCUAACCUAACUGUUGUAGCAUUUGGAUAGGUUUAUGUUCUGUUUAAAGUUAACAAUGAAACUGCAGUUAACAAUGAGGACUGACGUGGUUUUCAUUCUACAUUUUCCAUAUAGUGUUACAAGAAAGUUUUGCUUCGAGUAAUCCUUGAAAAUACAUCUUCAGGAAUGUGUAAAGUGAAAGUUAAGUGUUCCCUGUGCUUGGCCUAAUAUCAUAAAUCCCUGCAAUUAGUGAUUGGUAGAAACACCUCCUUGCUAUGUGACACUGGGUGGGAAUAGUUGAUGUUAGUUCAUAUUAUCUGUUGUCUAGGUUACAUUUUUCCCUCCAGUAUUCACAGCCUUGCACUUAACAACAGGUUUAUAUUUAGUGAUAGCUGACUCUUCCUGCCGUCCUGUCCAGCUGCUGUCCCCGCAUUCUUCACCUGAAAGACAAUAAAACUGUCUUUUACCAUAUCCAAGAAUCACUCUGGUUUAAAUACUUUAAAACAAAUUCUAUGUUGCACUUAUUGCUUUGUUUCUUCAUCAGUAACAUUAUGAUUAAACAAUAAAAAAUAUCAAAUUUU